UUUAUCAAUGAGAGUGCUACAUCUGUUUAACAUAGGCUAUAUCACCUACUAGGACAAUAUUCUAUGCACAGAGGGGUGGAUUUGAAAAAAACAAAAACGUAUUGGAGCAUCAUCUCUAACUCCUGUGAUCUUUUAUACAUGGAGACGCACGUUGCUGUAUAAAAGUUAACUGGUUCGUAAUUCCUUAUUUCUGUUGUAAGUAACUUUAGUUUUGAUAAAAUACGGGACACCACGCUGGAGUGAAACGCAGGGCGCUGUGGGCCUGGAUGACUGAUGCCCCUCGCAGUGAGGUAAGGUUGAGAAGGUGCAAUUGCUGAAUAAUGAUUUGUUUUCAAAAUGACUGUUUGAUUCUCAUCAACGGUGGAAAUCUACUAGUCCUGUGUUUGUCAGAGCUUAUUUAAAUGAGAGCACCCCUCAAGUGUCAUCACGGGGCUAGGCAGGUGGCAAAUGUUAAGUACUGCUAACAAUCUCGCCCCGGCUCCCUUUCUCAGGCAGCAGCGAUCCUUUCCUUCCUCCCUCCCUGGGAGAGGCGUGGUGGUGACAGCGCUGGAGCAUGGCCAUUGCUCUCCUGCGAAGGGAGGCGAAGCGAAGCGCUUGGCUGGGCGGUGAGCCGGAGGAAUCCAGUCCGGGUUUUGGGGCAGAGGACUAACGGGCUGCUGCAAGGAGCGGCGAGUAAAGCAGGAACGCACCGCUGCCGACAGCUGGGGCAGAACAGAGGGGACGGGCAGGCCCGCGCCGAGGGCAGCGGGAGCAGGCAGGCAGCAUUAAGUGUGACAUGACCUUCACUACAUUUCAACAGGAUGACCUAAAAAAUGACUUCAGUCAAAAAUUACCAGACCAACAAUUUGUCCUGUUGGCCAUGAGGGAGGAAGAUUUAAAAACUGCAGACACCAAAAAACCAAACAGAAUUCAUGAGCAUGAGAAAGAAAACACUCGUUCUGUCUGUCUUCUUGAACAGAAACGUAAGGUUGUUUCUUCAAAUAUUGAUGUGCCUCCAGCAAGAAAAUCUUCAGAAGAACUGGACAUGGAUAAAGUGACAGCAGCUAUGGUACUAACCAGUUUAUCCACCAGCCCUUUGGUUCACAGCCCUCCUGUACGGCCCAAUGAAUCCCUGAAUGGAUCUUGGAAAGAAGGAGGAUUUGUGCCUUCUAGUACCAGCAGUAGUGGAUACUGGAGCUGGAAUGCACCCAGUGAUCAGUCCAAUCCAUCCACCCCAUCUCCGCCUCUGUCUGCUGAUAGCUUCAAACCCUUUCGAAUGCCCUCUCAGCCAGAUGAUAGUAUUGAUGAAGCUGAAACCAGUAAUCUCCUUUUUGACGAGCCCAUCCCUAGGAAGAGAAAGAACUCCAUGAAGGUAAUGUUCAAAUGCCUAUGGAAAAACUGUGGAAAGGUACUGAGCACAGCUGCAGGGAUUCAGAAACACAUCCGGACCAUUCAUCUUGGACGUGUAGGAGAGUCUGACUACAGUGAUGGAGAGGAAGAUUUUUAUUACACAGAGAUCAGGCUCAACACAGACUCAGUAGCGGAUGGCUUAAGCAGCCUUUCUCCAGUCUCUCCAUCGCUAGGAUCUCCUCCUUUCCCCACCCAAGAUGCAAACCGUCCUGAAACUUCAUGUGCCAAAACUGAGACUAAAUUGAUGACGCCUCUGAGCCGCUCAGCUCCUACCAAUCUCUACCUCAUACACACAGAUCAUGCUUACCAGGCCACUCCUCCAGUGAACAUUCCAGGGUCAACAAAGUUCACUCCCAAUGGCCGUAGCUUUAGCGUCUCUUGGCAGUCACCUCCAGUUACCUUCACGGGCAUUCCGGUCUCACCAACUCAUAAUCGUCCUGCAGGGACUGGAGAGCUGAAACAACAGAUCCACACAGUUCUCUCAUCACCGCCCAGAGUGUCAUUUGGCUUAAGGAAACCUAGAGGAGAGGGGAAAAAAUGCCGAAAAGUGUAUGGGAUGGAGAACCGAGAUAUGUGGUGUACUGCCUGCCGUUGGAAGAAAGCCUGCCAAAGGUUCGUCGACUAAAGACUGGAAGCAUGGAGGACCCAAGGGAUGUGAAGUACAAUAGCAGGAUCCUGUUGCUGCAGCUGCCCCUGCCUAUCCUCCAGUGCUGCCUUUUAAACAGACUUGUAUUUCAAAACAAAGCACUUGUAGCCAAGGAGAAGCACUUAGCAAAUCCAGUGUGGAGCAAUGGAGCAAUAGAGCAAAAAGUCUUAUCAAGUAUUGAACCUGGAGCAGCUAUUAAUGUUUUUCUUAAAACAAAAAAUAACUUGUUGCUAACUCUGAACUACCUGCUCCCCAUGACUGUUUUUUUUAACAGUGUCAAUGUCUAUGCUGUGAACGUCUGUAUCAGUUGAACCAAGCACCGCAUCUUGCCCUGAAAUGAAGAUUUCUUUUCAAAAGCCUAAUUAACUCUUUAAGACAUGUAAGCUACAGUUCACUCAACAGCAGCCAUACCAAGAGUGGAACCUGUUAAAUAAUUCUGCUGAUGUGAAUGAUCUUGGUUGGAUUCCUCAUUUUCGGGUGUUUUUUUGAGGAAUUCAAAUCUUAAUAUGUCAGAAGGACUCUUGGAUGAUUUUUUAAAAGCAGUCACAAACCAGAACGAGAGAGUGGAGCUAAGUUUUAAAUUAGAUUGUAAAACACCAGAGACGGAAAAAUGAUGGGAAAUCACCAGCAGAUCUCAGCCACAAGUAAGUCCAAGAUUUGAGGGAAGGCAUUUCAACGAUCAUUGAAACAUACAGGAACAUAAUUUGGAUUCCAGUAUCUUUCUUAUCACUGGUCCCUUUUCCUAGCAAUGGCCAUCUUAUGCUGCUGAAGCCCUAUUAAGAACUGGAUUAUAUGUGAUAUCUAUUCAGAGAUGUGAGCCAACCCAGCAGUUCAACUCUUGCUUCCUUUUCUCCUCUGUAUAAGAUGGUUACUAAAUUAAUGGUUCACUCAUUCUUUCCAUUAGCAAUGCCAAAUUUUAUUUGUGCAAAAAAUGUAUAGAAAACAAAAACACCCAAGAAGUGCUCCCACUGCAUCAUCCCAGCAAGUGUAAUAUGACAGCAGUGGGGCAACAUAUGUAUAUGUUAAGUAAAGUCCUAUUUUAUUUAAAAAAAAGUCACUGAGGUCAGAAAUAGCCAAUUUUCAUGCAGAGGGCACUUUGAUGGAUGUGUGCGCUUUGGUGUAUUUAGUGCUUCAGGUUGUUAGAGAGCGUAAAUCCAGAAUGCUGAUGUUUUGUUAGAGGGUUUAAAUCCAGAAUGCUAGAUAGAUGAAGUUACUUAUACAUCAGUAGUUAUUUUAGUGAGAAAAUAAAGCAAAGCGGAAAUGCCAUAUGAAUGUGCAUCACCAACUCCUGCCUGUUCAAAAAACAAAAUAAACCAUAGGUAUAGGCACCUAUCAUAUUAAUAGGGUUACACAGGCCCACUACCAGCGGGGCCUGUUUUUCAUGGAGUCUGAUAAACUGGAUCACAUAGCUUUCAUGACAGCAUUACUUAACUUUCAUUGCUUCCUAUGCCCAUUUUAAGAACAAAAGUGCACACUUUUGAACAUAGCAUAGAGUGUAGUGUUAAAGAAAAGGCAAUACAUGUUUGAAUGGAAAGAACAUAAGAAUAGUAAGAGACUAAUUUUUUUUAAACAAAUUAUUUGCUCUGUUGCAUGCUUAAUUUCAGCAUUAUUUUUGCAACUGUGUUUACAUAUCAUGCAAUUUUCAUGUACAAGUGGCUAGUGAGGGUCACUUGCAUGCAUACAGUUACCUAUUUUUUAUGCACAACUGUGCACCUAACUUGUUUAGAAGAAUCAGACCCUAAAAUCCAGCCAGAAUAAUUUAUUUCAUGUUUUGUUUUAUUAACACAACAGAAGGUAAAGAUUGGCAGAUAUACAGCGCCAUCUGCGCCCUAUUGUUUGCACUUCCUUAUCUUUUAGUGAAGUCAUAGGUCAUGGCUUUUUCUUCUGUGAUUUUUUUUCAAAGAUUUCUUUAGAGAAAUACCUCUUAGCAAUUUGUAACUGUUUCUAAUUACUUCCUUUUAAAUGCUGACAUUGUUGUCAGUGCCUUUACUAUGGUGGGACACAGUAUAUCCCUUGCUCCACUGAUAUCCCUCCUUAUUUCUUAAAGCUUCUCAAGAUGCUUAUAAAAUAAUAAUUAUGACCCCUGUUGGCCUCAUAUUCGUUACUUAUCCCCAUCAUUUGUUCCCUUCUCUUUGUAUUCCCCUUCUCCCUUAUUUGCUCUGAUCUCUUGAAUUUUAAAGAGGAUUUUUAAAUAUAUUAUUGUAAUUGGUUUCUAAAAUGUUGUACAGCAUCAUGAGCACCUUGACAGGGGGCACUUUAUAAAUGAACAUAUUAAUUAAAUCAUAAAAUUUCCACAACAUGAGGCAAAUUCUGGUUGGCCGUAGGAACCAGGCACAGCACUCGUCCCAGCUGUAAUACUGGAGGAAAAUGAGUUAGAGAGAAGGCACAGAUCUUAUUAAUUGCAUGUAUACUCAGCUCACUCUGCUCUGGCUUGUGGAAAGAUCUACUGGGCAUGCUCAGAGGCUUCACAUAAACGUUAGCAAAGCCAUUCCCAUAACGUAAUUCACAUAGCCACUCCCACACUGCUAAUUCUAUAUCUAUUCUUAGAAAGAUAGGCACACAAAUAGACCACCAAAGCUGUGUUAUUGUCCACCUCUCAAAGUUACACACACUUUCAUUCUGUUCUUGAUAAGAGUAAGAUUAUUUAUAACAAGCUGCAUGAAUGGGCCCCUGCCUGGCCGAAGUGCUUGGCUCAUAUGUCUGUAUGGACUACUUCCCUAUACUGUUUAACCACACCAAGUCACACUUCUCUGAAGGGUCUGUCAGGUGACCCCUGAUUUUUCAGAGGAGUCAGAAUUUGGUGAUCGGUUUCCAUCAUGCAUUCUCACAGUUGGCCAUGGGUUCUUUGGUAUGUGUGUACAUGCACCACUAGCAGCCAGAAUAUGACCCUUAAAAUGUAAAUAUUGAAGGAUGUAUAUAAAAUUCUUUUAACCACUUAGUAGAAAUUAUGCUGGUGACAGAAGUUGGUACCACAUGAUCUUAUCAAACUUUUAUAUUGACAGAUAUGCCACUGGAUCCUAAUUUUUACUGGAGUGACUUUCCUGCUACAGCAAAACAAAUGUCUUUUUGGGAAAAAGCCUGAAAAAAGGAAAUUUCAAGCAAAAGGGGAACAUUUUAAACAAGCAUUUUAAAGAUGAUUAGCUUAUUUCUCUAGUCCUGCAUAAAAUGCCAAAUAUGGGAGAUAUAUAAAAAUUGGAUAAUCUUAUUCACGUGGCUGUUUCCAUCCAGGUCAAUUGAUCUGAUUCUGCACUGCCUUGCACCUUGUGUAGUCCUUUACAGGUGUGCAAAGUAAGCAAAACUUCCAUUCUGAUUUGCAUAUUGAUACCUACUUUUCAGAGGUGUCAGCUACCAUUCAAGUGGGUGCAAACAUGCCCAUUGGAUCUAUCUGUGUGAAUAAGGAGAGCAGGCUUCAUACCUGGUCAGAGUCUAGGGCGGGACAUUUUAUGGAAUUCAGUCACCUAAUUGGGAUAUCUGAAUACUGAUUGUUUAGUGAUCAAUCAGUUCCCUGCUCCUCCUCCAGCUGUUUCGUUAGCAAUAAGCAAUGAUACUGCAAGAAAGCAGAGAUCUUUGUGGAACAUGUGUAUAGGCCAGUGUUACAUGCUGAGAUCUCUGUUUUUCCAGUAUUAGCCUGGCCACCAGUUUGCAUACGUGAGCUCCAGGUGUCAUUCCAAACUGGGUCUCCUCCUGAAACCUGAGCCUGUUUCUUUCUCCAGUCCCAUGCACUUAUAUUACACCCUCAAGUUUUCCCUGAGAGCGACACCCUACAUAGCAGCAUGAUGUCAUUCUACUCAUAUCUCCGUUGCUAUGGUCUGGUCAGGGACUAUCUAGAGAGAGACCUUGCCUGGAGUUCUGGUGAAUUAAAUGUACAGAUGUAACCUAGAGGGCUUCCCUGCAGGUCUAUUACUCUCCCAUAGGUACAUUGAGAGAGCUGCUCAAGAGCCUGGGAGAGGGAUGUGAAAUUAGGAGUCUCCUGGCCAGUUGGGAAGACUUAACAGGUUAUGAGGGUUUGUUCCCACUCUUGAUUGGGCCAAACUCCACAGCAGUCAUCACUACAAUCAAAUUAUACUGCUCUUCACUAUAACAAUGGUGGUUGGAAAGAGGUUACUAAAAUGACAUCUUGUUUUCUAUUUACACUUCACUGAACUUACCUAGAGGUAGCACUGCUGGAACUGAACUCUGAAGAGACAAAUGGAGCUAAUCCUAGACUCCCAGGACUUACCUUGUACAUAGUUACUGCCUGUUCUAAAAGCAGUUAUAAAACAUUAUUGUAGUGGAGAUUUUGUUGUUGUGGGAUUCCAGAAAGAUUUUAUACCAUCUUUAGUAAAAUAACGGAAAACUAGUCAAGUUGACAGUUUAGGUACGGAAGAUAGAUGCUAAAUUAAGCAACUUGUGGCGGCAGGAUCCUUGUGCUUCAAAAACCUUUUUCAAGGUUGCAAAAAGUGGUGUCUUGAAUUGUGGUUGAUAGCAUCUGCUUCCAGUAUUCCCCAUCUGCUACUACAGUGCUCUUUACAUAGACUUCUUUAUCAAAUGUCCAUCAUAUGCAAGAUACAAGGAUUCUUCUGUGACUUUCAGCAGGGCAAUUUCUUUCAUUAUCUGAAAAUCAAGCUUUGUUCUUUCUGCUUCAUACAGUACAUCAUCUCUAACCAGUCCAGAGGGAUUCUACAGUCAGAAGGUAGCUGGCACUAUUUUUGAUGAUGCACAGGCUGAAGAAGAAUACAGCUCACUCAUCCAUACCCUUGUUUACUCCACAUUGCUGACAGUAGUAAAAACUUGUUUUUGUCAAUAAAACUGGUCAGAUAACACAUAAAGGAAUAGACAAAUGCAGUAACAAGCCAUAGUUCAAUAGAACUGCUUUUCUAACCUUAAUCAAUUUUAAGAAAAAAAAAUUCUGAUAAAACCUUUGCAACCAAGUUUGAGAUGACUAUUGUAUGUUUCCCUGAGAGAAAUAAUUAUAACAACGUGAAAAACAAAUUAGCAGUAGAAAUAUAAAUGUAGCUUUCCUAUUAUAUGGGACAACUCACAUAAAUCAGGAUUGCAAGAUUUUGUCCAAAUUCUUAAAAUCUAACCCAGUGCUACAAAGGAGCUCCUAAAUUACAUUUGUAAAUUCUCAAUGUUCAUCAUUGUUCCCCUGUAGGAAAUGUAAGAAUUUUAUCUUUCAUUUUACACUACUCUACUGUAGAAGAUAGGGAUCCCCGAGUUCUGAAUUUGUAUCCAGUCAUGUUAAGGAGGAGUUUUCCUCGCCAAUUAGUUAUUUCAAUAGCAAAAAGUAGUGCAGCAUUUGGUAUGUAAUGUUCAGAUAAACAGAAGUUACUAAGUGUACAUAGAGAAAUAUCUUGAGAAAAAUAACAAAGCUAUGUAAAUAAUAUGGAUUUCCUCAGGGAAAAUAAAAGGGCAGUAGAUGCAAAAAAUUGGUCUGUUUGAACCUACAAUUACUAAGAAUUUUAAUAUGUAUUUUAUUUUUCUGGAUAGAAUUAUUUAAUGAAAUAAGGACUAUAUUACCAUUUGAAUUAUUAAAAUGAGAAAUGAGUGCUUAUUUGUGAUUUUUUCUUGCUAACACAGAGUAUUUAAGCCUGUGUGCUUCAAAUAUUAAAAGGAAAGAGGUUUUAGCUGAUGUAAAGUUAUGGGAACAGAGUUUGAAACAUGACCUGAUCCAAUAGGUGGUCUACAUAUUUGUAUAAAGCUUUCUAGAAUGUAAUGUAAACAUGAAGUCUUGUCGCUAUACAGUCACCCAGUUAAAUAUGUGUUAUCUAUAACUGGAUUACUGUUCAUUUAAGUGGCUCACAACAAAAAUGUAUACUUUGUAGCAUGCUGUCCUGUAACUACUAAGUACUCUGGUUUGCAAGGUGCUAAUUUUCUUAUGGUGCACUUGAUAUUUAACUAGACCUUUUUCAUAUCUACUAGAGUACAAGCUUGAAUGAAACUCAAGAUCAUGCAUGCAAAUAAGAAAAUGCAUUUUAUUGAAAUACAAACAGUUCUCAAACUUCUCCAUUUGUACGUGAAGAAGUGACCCCCUUUUUUUGUUGUUCCAUUGUAAUUUCUCCUUAUCAGAAUCUCUUUACAGAAUCUAUUAACAUCAUGACCAGGGAUCCAGCUGGGCAGACAUACACUCAAGUGAGUAAAAUCAUGCAUGUGCAUAAAUAUCCGACAUUUUAAUAAAGUUUUUAGCUUUAAGUAAUUCUCAUGCGGACACUGUUAAUGAUAGUUACUGAUCUUUCUCUCAGAGUGUAGGUACAAUAAAUCUGCAUAGCAGGGCACAUUCAAAGUUUACUAGAGGUUGAAGAGAUGUAUUUCAGUAGCAGAAAAGCACUUAUGCAGAGCACAUGAGAGUCUCACCAAUGGGAUUAUUUAUAUGCUUAGAGUCUAAAUUUGUUUGCAUGCUUUGCUGACUCAGGACCAUAGAGACAUCUUAUUCUUAUAGUCUUGUUUUGAAAUAUAUUGCAAGACAACCUGGCCAUUUGUAAUUUUGUGCUGUUUGUUAUAGAUUCAGAAAUACUUUUACACUAAGAAAAGUCUAAUUCAGAGAACUGGCUUUUUAAGACACUAUUUAGAAUUCCAAUGUUGCCCUGUCCCUCUCAAACUCAAAGAGAGCCUGUCAGAACACACACGACACAUACAGGUCACUGAUGACAUACAGUUUGAUCUCUGCAUUGCUUGUGCACUCAACACACCCACUGACUUCAGUAGGAAUUCUGGGUGUACAGGAAACAAACGAUCAGGCCCAUAGUUCUUAGUUUGUCGGUUCACCUAAAAACUUUCAAAAUGCAAAUAUGUUUGUAUCAUCAUGACUGAUGUUGUUCUGUGUAAGUUUUAGUGUUUCUAAAAGGAUCUCAUAUUUAUACUGGCAAGGAAACAGAUCGCAGCCUUCUUUAUACGAUGCAAUACUUGCUUUCUAAACAAAGGGCUACUUUAUAGAACCAAGUGCUGCAAAGCAUGCUCUUUAAAGCUAACUUAUCAAUAACAAUAGGUUAGUACAGGCAAAACUUCAGAGCUGUAACAAUGCUGGCAUUAUUUUAUAUCAGUUUACUCAAAACUGUGAAACAAAACUCAGAUUCCAUGAAUGAAGCAAAAGGGUUGUUGCUUUAUACACCAACAGCGCACACACUGUAACAGAGCAGAAGAAAUAAUCCAGAACACCUGGGAGGAAGUUAGAAAUAGCGACUUUCAAAUCUUUCUGAAAGGAAAAAAUGUUGCCCUUGGUAGCAUAGAGAUAAUUUAGUCUGAAAUUAACAUUUCAGUGUCAUGAAGACAAGCCUACUUCAUGGACAUGAAUUCCAUGUUCUGAAAAGAGAUUUUGCUUGGUCUCUUGGGGUUUUUACAAUAUUUAUAGUCUCAGUUGUAAAGUUCUUAAAAUUGUCAACUAUUUAGCUUGAAGAUGCAAUACAUUUUGACAAUGAUCUCUGACACACAGUCAUACCAGUUUGAGCCCGAAUCUGCUCAAACUUCAGUGGGACCCUGUGCUAGAAAGGUCCUCACAGAAAGAUCAUUUGCAAGAGCAUUGUUCACAGCAGAAACACUUUUCAUAGCUGGGGCAAUCAAAAGACAAGCCUUACAGAUGUUCUGGUAUCAUUCAUACACAGCUUUCACUAAGUUUAUUAAAGGGGCUUUGUCAUGUGGGUUAGGACCCACGAUUUAGAGAUUGUGGGGGGCAUUUAAACCAAACAAAAAACUGUUUUAG